AUGGACAGUAAGCACCGCAUCCAGCUAUCCACGCAAACGAGGCUAACUCCACGAGAACUCUCGAAGUGGAUCUUCGGUGAGAGACACUACCGCAUCUUGCUCCUGGGAGAAGACAAUUGUGGCAAGACAACCUUCCUCCGCCGUCUCAAAUUCGGCGAAAUCGGAGAGCAAGAGCCGCUACCGACGAGGGAUUUGGAUAUUGAGACGGUGAAUUACCCUGCCAGUUAUGAGUGGAGUAUAUGGGAGUUUCGGCUCCAAUGCGGGCCGUUGAUUUGGCGGGAGCUUACACAAUAUACUCUGGUUGUGUGGUUGCACGAUUGUUGUACCGAAGAGUGGCCACCAUGGAAACUUCAUAGCUUACUCGACCAGAUGGUGGAGAGAGGAUGUCGGUAUAUCUGGGUUGGGUUGAAUAAGCAAGAUUCGCCGGAUGUCUCGAAGGAGGUGGUUCAGAAGGCGCGACGGAAGUAUGAGGAGGAAUUUGCAAAGUAUAAGGAGGAUAUUUCGUGGAAAGUACUAACGCAUAAGCUGAGUUCGAAGACUGGAGUAGGGGUAUUUGAAGUUCUCGAGGACAUCUACCAGACCGUGAAGAAGGUGAAUCUGGAGCCUGUGAAGGAGGACAAAUGGGAUAAGAAGGGGACGGUCCUAAGCGAUGUAACGGAUGAAGAAUUGACUACUGAACAGCUACAACACCGUAUUGAAAGGGAGAUUACCGGCGACACAUUCGACCCAGAUACAUUCUGGACAUCCUUCCUGAAGGGAGAGUUGCCGGUGUGGACGCAUUACACCUACCUGAAGGCGCUCUAUUUCGUCAUACUCGAGUCGGCGAAGAAGAAAAACUUUUGUGAGAUAUCAGAGGAUUUCGUAAUUAGCCUCAACCGACUGAGAAAAAUAUCUCCCCAGCUAUUCGGCGACAGCGAGACACCGAGAGCCUACAUUCAUGCUCCAUUCAGCAGAUGUCUAGUCACAUUCUGGACUCUACAACUGCAACACGGAAUCCGGGACUAUCGAAUGCACACCAUGAGCGCAGAUCUCCCAUUCCGGGAAGAGUUCUCCCAAAUUCUCCACCACUCGCCAUCAUUGAUCAACACCUAUCUCUGGAAGAAUUAUUACUCCUUCAAUCCCGUCUCCAGACCACGGGACGUCUGGUCAAUCCCAAAUUUACGGUCUCUCCCAACACAGACUCACUAUCUCCGUGAUCCAGCAACAGUGCCUAGGAGGAGUAAAGGCCCGGAUAGGCUCACACGAUACGCCUUCGCUGUGAUACAGUAUGUGCGGAAUAUGGGGGCGGCGCGUGAGCCAGUAGUUACACAGGCGCUGGUAGCACUCCAGCAAGCUACUAUGCGUGCGAGGACAAUUGAUCCGACUAUUGAGUCAUAUUCAGAGACACAAGCGUAUUUCUGGAUCCAGAUAGUCCAUGCUGCACUGCAGUCACUGGAUGAAGAGAAGGGUUUGGCUGAUACUUCGAAGAUGUCAUUUGAGGCCUUUCAGGAGAUUUUCCGUCUCAAGCCGACACGCUGGAAGGAGUACUACUCGAACAAAGUGUGGAAUAGCGUCGCUGCGCGAUCGCAGUUCGUGAUGCCUGAUCUCAAGCCGCUACCGAAAAUUAUCACAGCUCUCCCUGGUAAAGAAACUAUAAGGAUAUCAGAAUUAAUACCGGAGCUCCCGUCCGCCGAAGAGCUUACAUUCCGGGUCAAAAUGGCCUGUGAGGAAUUGACACCGGCCCUGCAAAAUCUUGGCCCGCCGGUCCUCAGUCACGCUCACCUUCUGUUCUACCUUUACAAACGCUUUACACAAGAUACCAGGCAAACGUCACGCGAGAAACUCGAGUCCCGAGCCAGGGAACUGUUCAGCGAGGUAGCAGGCCCGAUGGUAGCUGGGGCGACGCACCGAAAAUUCUGGAUCCAGCAGGUGGGAGUUGGAGUGUCAAAUUCAGAUAUUGGCAGGGGCCACUCGACAUUUCCGGAAUUUAUAACGAACAAUCUGCACCUGGUCUUCGAUGAGUUGCAUAGCAUUUGUUACGGACCAGAAGUCUGGAACAGCGUUGAUGCAGUGGAGAAGAUCCUCGAUCCUGACAGACGAAGGAUGGAGGCGAUCAUCGAUACGGCGGACGCGAACACGUCUGGAAGCUCGAAAUAA